AUGGCGAAACACCAUCCGGAUCUGAUCUUCUGCCGGAAGCAGUCGGGAGUGGCGAUCGGCCGCCUCUGCGAGAAGUGUGACGGAAAGUGUGUGAUCUGUGACUCCUAUGUCCGGCCGUCAACUCUGGUCCGGAUCUGCGAUGAAUGCAAUUACGGCUCAUAUCAGGGCCGGUGUGUCAUCUGCGGCGGUCCCGGAGUGUCGGACGCCUACUAUUGCAAAGAGUGCACCAUUCAGGAGAAGGACAGGGAUGGCUGUCCCAAGAUUGUCAAUCUGGGCUCAUCCAAGACCGACCUCUUCUACGAGCGCAAGAAGUAUGGCUUCAAAAAGCGGUGA